GUCAAUUAUUUAAGUCAAUACAAACAAAGAAGAAUCAGUGCCAUGUUGCAGGAAAGUGUAAAAAAACUUGGGAGUUAAUUUCAGUAGAAUACAUUUAUUUUGAAUUAUAAGCAGUGAAACAUGCACCGCUGCUUUAUAAGGUUUGCUGGUCAGGGCUGGCAGUGCUCAGUCAGAUGUAUGAGCUCUGCGGUGAGGAGGAGGAAAGCUCUGCGUAGCGCCUUUCCAGUCCUGGACCUGCCCCUGCAGCCAAUCCAGCGCCACGUGUACGAGGCAAACCUGAGAAACUCGCACGCCUGCCUUAAGAAAUACACAGAGUUGAAGGAGAAGGUGAAGAAAGGUGGCGGGGACAUCGGCAUAGCCAGACACACUCAGAAAAACAGGAAGUUGCUGGUCAGGGAUCGGCUGCGCCUCCUGUUGGACGACGACGACUACCUGGAGCUUUCAUCGUUUGCUGGUUUGGAUCUGCCGUACGGGGACAUCCCUGCAGCCAGCUGCCUGACUGGCGUCGGCAGGAUCAACGGUUUGUGGUGCGUGUUCAUUGCCAACGACGCCACAGUGAAAGGCGGCACAGCUUAUCCAAUCACAGUCAAGAAGCAGCUUCGAGCGCAACAAGUAGCCAUUCAGAACCGCCUGCCUUGUAUUUACCUGGUGGACUCCGGUGGAGCCUUCCUACCGCUGCAGUCGGAGAUCUUCCCUGAUAAGAACCAUGGAGGACGGAUGUUUUAUAAUGAAGCCAUCAUGUCGGCCAUGAAGAUCCCCCAGGUGGCGGUGGUGUGCGGCUCGUGCACUGCGGGUGGAGCGUACGUCCCCACGAUGGCGGAGGAGGCGGUGAUGGUGCAUCAGAUCGGCACCAUCUUCCUGGGAGGCCCGCCGCUCGUCAAAGCUGCCACCGGAGAGGAAGUGACACCUGAAGCUCUGGGAGGAGCCACACUUCAUGCUGAGGUGAGUGGCUGUGUGGACCAUUUUGCGUGGGAUGAAAAAGAGGCAUUUAACUACACCAGAAACAUUAUAUCCACCCUCAACUUCCAGUUGCCUGAGGAAGAGGAAGACGCGUCGAAGAGGGAAUCCGAGGAGCCGCGGUAUAAUUCAGAAGACCUUCUGGGUCUCGCUCCUCAGAGUUACAGCCACAGUCUGGAUGUUAAAAUGGUGGUCAGUCGGCUGACCGAUGGGAGCCGCUUCCAGGAGUUUAAAGCUCGAUAUGGAACCUCACUCGUCACGGGCUUCGCAAAGAUCCACGGCCAGCUGGUGGGGAUAGUAGCCAACAAUGGGGUGCUGUCGUAUGAAGCUGCACUGAAAGGAAGUCACUUCGUCCAGCUGUGUGACCAGAGAGACGUUCCCCUCCUCUUCCUCCAGAACACGACGCCUGCAGCAGCAGCCACUCUGUCCACAACUCAGGCAGAGGUGAACAGUAACUGUCUCAAAGCUCAGGCUUCAAUGAUGUCAGCGGUGGCGUGCGCCACUGUCCCCAAAAUCACGGUGGUGAUUGGCGGUUGCCAUGGCGCCGACAGCUUCGCCAUGUGUGGGCGGGCCUUUGAUCCCAACUUCCUCUUCCUGUGGCCCAACGCCAGAGUGUCUGUGACGGCUCCGGGCUACGUCGGCUCCCUGCUCCCCCCUGAUGAUGAGCAGGAGGAGGAUCUGAACGAGAAGCUAAAGGAGGAGAGCUCUGCGUUCUUUUCCUCUGCCAGGAUGUGGGAUGAUGGAGUCAUUCUGCCUCAGGACACCAGGAAGGUUCUCAGAGACUCCCUGGACAUCAUCAGGCAGCAGCAGUAUCAGUUGUCUACAGAGAGGCAACAGUCAGUACUUCUACGCAUGUAGGAGCUUCAGUUUCUUUCUCUGAACUCUUUAACCCAGUCAUCAAGCUGCAGACUGUUUCUGCACCACCUUGACUUCUUCAGCAUGACACGAAUAUCUGACGAUCACCAGAGGAAGAGUUAUCAAUCAUUUUUCUGACGUGGAAGCUCUUUUGUUGGUGAAGUCAGCCGUGCAGCAGAUCACGAAACUUCCUCUUUUCCUUCAGGGAAGGAGAAAAACUGAAGCUCUAAGGGAAAUGUUAAUUAUUUUAUGCUAAUUGCACGUUGCAAACAGCACUGGUCUUUGAAAUUCAGACAUUUCUUCCCCUCGACAGUUAAUUUGAUAAAUAUGGGAAGAGUUUCCUCUGUCUGCUUAAUACCACAUUUAAAUGUGGGAAAACUGCACCAGAGCAGAGAUUUAUCUAUGAUUUAGAUAUUUGACACAAUAAUGUGUGUUUAAUACUUUUACUUGAGUUCUUUUGUUUACUGUAUUUUUCGGACUAAACAAAACAGUCAGAUAAGUCAAACUUUAUUCAACUCACUCACAAUAACCAGGUCAGUAAGCACAACCAGAAUUAAAACAUAAGGCGCACCUUAUUGUAAGGCUCCCUGUUAAUUUUUGAGAAGAUUGAAGGAUUUUAAUUAGGCCUGUCACAAUAACAAAUUUU